CUUAGAUCAGUCCAUCUAUCAUCAUUACACUAAACAAGAACAAGUAGAGAUAACACAACAUGAGUACUGGCUACUCCAAAAUGGAUUCAACCGACAACAACCCCGACCCGGUCGAUCUCCAGACCCAGAAACCCGAUCAAGAACCUGCCGAGAUGAAACCGAGGCUGAGCAGGAACAGGUCAGUGGCUGCAUCAGGGAAAGUGCUUCAUUCACCAAUGAAGACUGCUAUGUCUAUGAGAAGAUCUUCUUCUGUCUCUGAACGUUACUGUAGAAUCUAUGACCAGAGCUCAGUCACGUUUCCUCUUCCUUUCAAUGAAGAAGAUGAAGAUGAUGAUAAAGAGAGGAUGCAUAAAAAGAAGAAGAGCAACAACAUCAAGAAAAAAGCAUUCGUAAAGGCUUGUAAGCGAUUCUUUGGGAUCUCUUGAAACUUUUUUUUUUGUUUAACUCACUUGUCUCUAUCUACAAUAUAAUAUAGAUCUGUUUGUUAUAUUUCGAUUAAAGACUUACCACUUUUU